AUGACCACUCCCACGUCACAACCAGCUCGGAAGAGAGUCGUGCACCAGCUGGAUACGCCCUUUUCAACAGUCUCCUGGCCUGCGGUCUCGCCUGAAGAUCAAGACACAAUUCUUGAGUUGUUGUGCGAUCUCUUGAGCCCCCUGGGGCAGUACCGGCAAACACACGUCAAGCGGUCAAAGGGCAAACGUGCAGCCAGGAAGGAAAAGGACGACAAGAAGGCUGGUGGAACGACUGAAGAACUGCCCGUACCGCCAAUUCCAGAGAUUGAUGCUAGCAUCGAUGUUGGUCUCAACUCUAUUACUCGAAAUCUCCAGGCCCUGUCGCAGAGUGACACAGAGGCUUCUCAAGGCCAGCCUGAACGGCAGUAUCUCAUGAUAUUUGUAGCUCGUGGGAAUCAAGCUUCAACCUUCAACUGCCAUUUCCCGCAGAUGGUUGCCGCCGCCUCCAAGAGUCUCCCGUCCACAGACAAGAUCCGCCUUGUGGGCUUCUCCAACCCUUGCUCUGAGCGCCUGAGUGCUUGCCUGGGAGUGCCGAGAGUGUCGUCCAUUGCGAUUACCAAGAAUGCGCCAGGAGCCGGAGCCUUGCAGGAGUUUGUCUUGAAAUCAGUGCCACCCGCAGAAGCAGCAUGGCUAGACGCAUCUCGGGAUGCUCAGCAUCUGACCACAAAGAUCAACGCGAUCGAGACGACGGUGGGACCCAAACGGCAUAGAAUGAAUGAAACAACAAGUUAG